CGGUCCCCUGUCUGAAACAACCCUCAGGCUUCAUCUCUCUUCAAUGGCGACUGCUUCUCUCACCGUUUUCCGACCCUCGAUCGUCCGAUCCUCGAUCAAACCCGAGCCGAACAACCGGAAACAGGUUUCUUUGAACUGGUGGGCUCCGUUGUUCGGAAUGUCGACGGAACCAGACUACAUCGAUCGUACCGCCAUUUCUUCUUCUUCAUCGAAGGCCGUUGAAGCUCCGGAGGCUGAUAACGAACCCGUCCGACCCAGAUCCAAGUUCACUCCUGGAUGCUUUACCGAGGAGAAGGCCAAACAACUCCGGAUGAAGACUCUGGAAACGACGACGUUCCACGAUAUUAUGUACCACUCAUCGAUUGCAUCCAGGCUCGCCUCCGACGUUUCAAAACGGUUCGAGAAAUAAGGCCCGCCGUCGCUGGUGGUCCGUUAUGUAAGUCCGAUGCCGCUAGUAUGUAGAUCGGACUUGGCUCCGAUUCCAUUUCCCAUCUGUCGAUAUGAAAUAUGGUAAAAUUAAAAAAAAAGAAAAGGAACAAAUUGAUUUGUGUUAUGUGAAGACAAUGGGAUCUUGUGUGUUUGAUUUGGGACACUGGUGCUACUGUUGUAUGGAUCAUAUUAUGCCUAUGAAUAUGAA